CUCUCCUCCCGAUGCCGUCUAACGUUGCUGCCCUCCAGCCGCUCCCUCCAGAUCCAGGUGACAAAAGACAACACAAAAAGACUCAACAUUGAGCUGAUAUUUGGGGUGCAGCGGUAUUGUUCGGACGUCUUCCUGUGCAGCCAGAGUAGUGCGAACAUCACCACCUCAAGCAUGAUGUGGACAGAGAGCUACGCUGUGGCAGAGGCAGAGUUCUUCAGGCACGUGGCCAGGCGGGCCCCACACAAGAACUGCGAACUCAAAUGUUUGCAAGCCUGUGCUCGCAUCCUGGAGGGCACCGCCUUUUCCAGCUCUACCUUGAAGACUGUUGUGAUGCACGUCCUGACCCUUUUACCCAUGUCACGUUGGCGCAGGAGGGAUUUCCUGCCACGGCUGCGGGAUAUCAUGUGGUACCUGCUCUGCUGCGUGGAGCACAAACACCUCAACCCCUUCUUCAUUGCCAACGAAAAUGUGCCCAAUGCAAUAAUCUUACCCCUAGACUUGAGAACAGCCGAGCCACUCAACCUCUUCCAGCGUCUGGCGCAGGAUCCAGAUGCCCACAUUGAGGCACUGCGUGAGUUAAUGGAGCUGCAAGAUCAGCUGAUAAGACUCCUGCUCUAUGGCCACUGA